CUCAGUAAGCUUAGGUCAACCUACGUCAUGUUAUACGUACUUUAAUGAACAUAGUAAAUUGAUGCAGUUAGAAUUAGACUUGAGUUAGACUAUAUCCAAAAUGUAUGUUACUUUCAAAUUCAAAACAGCAUCGAUGCUCUGAAAGGUUAUUGGUUAUGCUCCUCACCACAGCGGAGUCUUAGAUUAAAAGCUGCAGGUGUGCGGUGACCAUUUCUCGCAUUAUAACACAAGCGGUCAACCCGACGACAAGUCAUAAAAGGUGUAGAUAAUUUAAAAGGAUUGAACACAAGUUGCAGAACUACCUGUGCUCGGGACUACUCAAAACGCUGAAAGACCUUAUGUCCUCAAGUGGUCGCGAGGCGAUAGCACGCUUGACAAAAUGAAAUGUCUUGAAGUGAUUACUGACCAGGAGAAAACGUUGGUGGAACACUCUCAAGAAGGUCAUAAUCAGGCGUUGGUGGUACUCCGACUUGAGUCGCUUAUGCUGAUCGCUUGGCCAAUUGAUGACAGCGAUAGGAAUUGUCUCUUGUUUCGGUGGUGAUAAAUUAUGCUUCGGACGCAGUAAUGACGUGUCGAUCGAGGGGUUUCCAAGCCAGAAGUUUGUGUGCAGUUCCUCUGUCGAAGUGGCAUUCCUACCAUGCAAAAAUCUGAAGCGACUGUCUUGCGGAUGCUACCACCACCUCAUCAGCUUUCCGUACUGCUCGCGAAAUUUCCAAGGUUAUGGUUCACCUCGAGUAAUGUAUCAUUCUUGCAGUUUUCAGGCAGUCUGGCUCGCCACUCGACCGCCAUGUUGACCUACAAACACUUUAUAGGCAAAACAUUUGGAUACAUUUAUUGCACUCAGUUUUCCGUCAGUCAGACUACGGUGGUACCCCAUAACCUUGAGCUUGGCUCCUAAUUGGAGACGAAUGGUACGCAAUAGACGGCAUUCCAAGCGAUGAAUCAAGCAUAUUUACUGAUACUUCUUGACUUAAUAAUGCCGCGCAAUUACGACCAGCGACGACAUUACGACCAGCGGAAAUUUGUAUGGUCAAUAUGAUUCAAAUCAGUAGCUACAUUGCUACAUUCUACUAUCUUCCUUCGGACCUACAUCCAGUAUGAAAGUCUCAACAGAAACGAGAAAUAGCCAAUUUGACUUGAUACUUAAGUCUUGCAAGAAUGACAUUGAGGUCAUUAUGCAUGUAACAGCGCAGUGGUGGAGCGAUGUCGUGAUACAACAUCAUAUUAACUACUACGUAUGUCAUGGAUCGCUGCUUCAAAGUCACUACCGAUUAUAUGGUCAGCGUGGUGAUUGAGAAUUCUCCACAAUACAUACUCCCAAUGACCACCAUCGGGUGCUGCUGUUGCUCAAUCGGCGCUGUUCAUACAUGCCGCACGAUUGUACUCGGCGAUCGCUUGCUUGUAUCAUCCUCAACAACGAAACAAUUUCAUUUUAACAUGAACAUUCUUUAUAUUGACAGCUUAUACUAGUAUGACUACGACUUAUCGUCAUCGUAUUUCACAAUACUGCGAUAAAGACUAUCAUGAUGGCCACCUUACACUAAAUUUGAGAUUUUGCAUGUCUCCAUCAAUUCGAAUCUAGGUAAGGGGAGCUUUCAGCCACUUUUCAUAGGUCAAUGGCUUGGAACUUCGAAAAAGUUUAGCGGCCCACGGGAUAUAGAGAUAUUUUUCUUCACUGUUGAGGUGAGCAGCUUUGCCUGUAUUCUCUUUCAGGUUAUCCAGCGAGUUGGUGUUGACAUUUGUGGUCUCAAACUGUUGAAGUGAUCUUGUCUUGAUAUCAUCGGUGCCUCGAAACGAAGCUGUGCCACUUGUGAUCGUAAAUGCCGCAAAUAUUAGCACGACAAGGAAGAAUCGCAUGCUGCUACUUGAUCAAUGAGUAAAUGAUUAAUGAGGUCGAUUGCGGCCGAAUCACUUGCGGCAUCAGCUGCUCGGACUGGAUCUUAACAAAUAUAAUAGCUGAUAACAAGCUGGACAUAUUCGAACCAGCUAUGUGAACCACUUUAUCGAUUUAUUCUAACAUCAGCCUAUACAAAGAAUAUUGGCAAUUCUUUGUCCACUAAAGCGACG